AUGGCUUCCAAAAGAGCGUCUAUGUUAUUUUUUCCCCCAGAUGCACCAGGCCUUAUCGACGCUUUCAACGUAGACUGCACUCAAACGAAAAUCCAAGGCGCCUUUGAGGAGUACUUACGCUAUCAACUGCCCCACCAAAGCCCCCUUCGUUUCGGUCACAUCCUUCUUCGACUUCACGGACUGCGACGGGUCAGCAAGGAGGUUUAUGAGGAACUUUUAUUGCCUGCGAAACUACGAAGAGCGUCUAUUGAUACUUUUUUGGAGACGAUACUUCGCAAUGAACUUCCUAGUCUUCACGUGAAUGAAAAGAGCCCAGACUUUCCCUACUCCACUGCCAUCAAAGGCAUAAAUCCUCAUGUUCAACUAUCUGUGUCAAGGGUUCCGCCUUUAUCCGGUGUGGAAGUAGGAUGUUUGCCGAUGUUUGCUGAGAGGAAUCCAGUUACGACCUCCCUUGCGCAGGAUCCAAAUGGUGAUUCCGACCAACUGGGUUAUAUGCGAACAUACCUGAACCCACCGCCCUCUCUAACCAAGUCACCAUUGCUGGCUAGAGCAGCCGUCCCAACAAGUCGACCAGGCAGUGGCCUCGACAGCGCUGACCACAGGGACCAGUUGAGAGAGCAUAUUCGCCGGUUUAUGGAUCAGAACUUACCGUCGCCAUUUGCAGAUUUUUCAACCUACCUGCGAUCUCUGUCCUUCGAGCGAGACUUGCCGAAUUUCCACAGACCUCCAACGGAAGACAGCAGCAGUGGUAGUCAGCAGUGGUAUCUCACAGAGAGGUGCCGAAUGGCGGCUACCGGAACGUCCAACACGUUGCUUGCCGGUGGCAAGCUGACGCCAGAUUCAUGUAUUGCAGCUGCCGCUGCCGCGUACACCCACUCGGUGAGCAGUCUGAUCGGCUGCGGCCCUUCCGGACCAAAGGCGCAGAUGGUGUCCAGAACGGAGCCCAAGAGGUCCUAG